AUGUCGCAGAACUUGAGCGAGCGAGAGAAAUCGAUCGCGCAGCUGGCUACCCAAGCCGAAGAUCUCGGCAGCUCUGAGAAACCUUCAGAUCUUGGGAGUGAGCCCGAUGCUCACUUCUUGCCAACGAGGACUGAGCCCGAAUGCCCUGACGGUGGUCGGGAAGCUUGGCUCGUUGUCGUGGGCGGCUGGUUUGGUCUGUUCUGUACGUUCGGGCUCAUUACGACUGUGGGCGUCUUUUUGGACUACUACAAGGCUCAUCCACUAGCCAGCCACAGCGUCAGUCAGAUCAGCUGGAUCACGAGCUUGCAGAUCUUUAUUCAAGUUGGGGGUCAGGCACUGUGGGGAAGAGUGUAUGAUUCCUACGGCCCACGGUGGCUCCUGCUCGUAGGAACUUUCACUUAUGUCUUCGGCGUCAUGAUGCUGUCUUUAUCCACCAAAUACUAUCAAAUUCUUCUAUCGCAGGCUGUCGCCAGCUCCCUCGGAUCCGGCGCCAUUUUCACCGCUUGUAUGACAGCUACAACAUCAUGGUUCAGCAAAAGGCGUGGGUCAGUUUUCGGCAUUGUCAAUUCUGGAUCAGCUACGGGUGGCGUGGUCUUACCUAUUCUGAUGACACAUCUGUUCAAGUCUAUAGGCUUCGCCUGGGCCUUACGGGUCGUCGGUUUCAUCUUUUUGGCCUUCUGCGGAAUAUCAUGCCUCACUGUGAAGACGCGCGUCCAAAAUCAACCGAGGCCGUUCGCACUCGAUGACUUUACCCGAUGCUUUAAGGAACGGAUCACGAUCUUCACGAUGCUGGGGGGGUUUUUUUUCUUCUGGGGUAUGUUCCUGCCUCUGAGCUAUAUCAUCAUCCAAGAGCAAGCGAGUGGCAUCUCGCCUGAGCUUGUCCCUUACCUGCUACCAAUAAUUAAUGCAAUCAGCCUCAUAGGGCGCCUAGUGGUAGGCGCCCUUGCUGACGUUGUCGGUCGCUUCGACUCUAUGUUGAUCAUCACAGGUUUCACAGGCAUCUUGACAUUGGCGCUGUGGAUACCUGGGAGUAGCAACACUGGAGCCAUCAUCGCCUACGCUAUUGCUUUUGGGUUUGGGUCGGGUGGUUACGUUUCCGUCUUCCCUGCAUGUGUAGCACAGAUCAGCCCUAUGGCAGAGAUUGGUACUCGCCUAGGGGUUGCUUCACUCUGCAAUGCAUUUGGAGCACUUACCGGCAGUCCGUUAGGCGGAGCACUGAUCUCGAACAAGGCUGGCGGUGGGAAUAACUUCCUAGGCCUACAGUUGUUCUGUGGCUGCACCAUGCUGUCGUCUAUCUUUGCUUAUGGGUAUGCGCGAUAUCUACAAGCUGGCUUGAAGUGGACCAAGAUUUGA